GGGCCUAUUCUGAUUAUGAUCGGCACAAAAUGGGAGAUAACAAAUAGAUUUUUGGAAGGUGGACUAAUGUAUGAAAUCGGCGUAGAAUACGGCGGUUUGAUCUAUUACACCGAGCAUCGAUUCUACGGACAGAGCAAGCCAACAAAAGACAUUAGCACGGAGAACUUGCAGUACUUGAAUGCCGAUCAGGCGCUGGCCGAUCUUGCUUAUUUCAUAGAAACGAAGAAAAAGGAUAAAAAUUUAGAAAAGAGUACCGUAAUAGUAGUCGGUGAUUCUUACGCUGGAAACAUGGCGGCAUGGGCGCGCCUCAAAUAUCCUCACCUCAUCCAAGGCGCUUUAGCUAGCAGCGCUCCGGUUCAGGCAAAAGCUGAUUUUUACGAAUACUAUGAGGUCGUAACGAAAUCACUCAGCAGCAGUGAAAUAUGCGUUGAGAGCGUCAAAACUGCAUUUACGUCGGUAGAGGAAUUACUGGCCACACAAGGCUGUCCAGAUAAACUUCAAGUAAGUUUAAAAGUAACUUGGAAUUUACAAGCAAUUUGUUAACACUUUGUCGCGAUCGUGCAAUAAAACAAAU